GUGCCGCACGCGUGCAUAUUCCCUCGAUGAAUGCCACGCAGAAGCUGGAACGAUAUCACUCCUCGUUACGACUCCUGGAAAACCUGUAGAAUACCAUACCGACUCUCUUCCUGUCCACCUUCUUCUCUUUCCUCCCAUCCCGACUUUCUGUACAGUACACCGCCGCCCGUGUCUUCGUUUCGCCCUCCUCCGACCGCUCCCUCUCCAAGUCGUGUCACCGAUUAAUUAAGCGCGCACAAAGCUCGGGACGGACGGUCGGGCUUCCACCAGCUUUUCCGACACACACAAAUCCAUCCCAUUUCCCGCGACCAGAAGAAGGGCCCA